AUUUUAGAUCAAGCUACUUUUUCAUAAACUGUAACAAGUUGAAUUGUUAAUAGCCCCAGUUGUGUGUUCAGUACAAAUUUUCUACCAGAGCAGAACGGUUUCUGUAUAAAAAAGUAAAAAUAUUUUAGUCAAUUGUUCGAAGCCACCAAUUUUAUGCGCCGCCGUUACCGUUUGCAUUGCGCGCGCAGUGUUGAAAAGUGUGUUUGAAAAAUUAACGCUUUGUUUUUUCUUGUACAGCGUCGGUUUUUCAGCUGCUGUUUGAGUUGUGUUUUUAUCGUUUACCAGUUAAUUUUCCACUUUCCCGUUCCGCGUGGAGUAUAAUUAUAGCCAUGGACGAUUCCCGUCGGUCGAUCGCGGGGAAGGAAAGUAUAAACAAGAUAGAUUCUCGCCGUUCAUCGAUCGUGACCAGCGAUGAGAGCACUAUGUACUUAUCCUUUGACGCGGACGACAAGUGGCAGUCGGCGAUGGUGACCCAGAGCAGCCAGUUGUUCGAGAUGCACGCUACCAGCAAGAUGGAGGCAGGGGAUGACAAGGAUCUCAGGCGUGCCGUCCUGAAGGAUCUGCACCAGCUGUCGAUCAGCCACGAUCCGGACCAGAACUCGCCCUUGCGUCCCUUUGACAAGAGCGUUUUGAACAGACACAACGCUUUGAGCUCGACGCCUUCCAAGGACACUGUCCCGGCAGUGGCAAUGCCACCGCAGACCAUUCCGCUCGACUUGACCGGCGUGGAUAACAAGGAGAACUCGCACCCGGAUGUCGGCGAUAACUCCACUCUGUCCAGCUCGGACUUAACCGCCAACACGGUCAAAGCAAACACAUUGAAGAACGAUGACGCCACCAUGGACGAGGUGGUUGAGCAGGAGGUGGCCAAGCCCAGUGUAAGCUCGGUUUAUCCGCUGAGUGAUAACGUCGUGCUGGAGAAUAUCACCGAAGUUUCCAACGAGGAGGUGUCUGUGAUGGCUUCGCCUUCUGUACCAAAAGAUAUUCCUGCAAAGGAAUCGGAGGAGGUCAACGAGGUCUCCGAACUGAUCGCCAAAAUUCUGAAGAUGACCACCGACUCUAUGGAGCCACCGACCGUCUCCACAUCAAAAGUGGAGGCAGGCAAGAGGCAAUCCAUGUCCUCCCUGUAUUCGGCGCCCUUGCCACGCCCCCGGCGCUCGUAUUUGCCCACGCGCAUGUCCGUCGUGGUGAAGACCACACUGAACAGUCCGGCCCGUAAGCGCCGCAUAAGCUGCCUUCCAGUCUCUCGCAGAUCGAUCACUGUCUCUGGCCCCUCCCGUAAAUUGGACGCUGCCACCAAUACUAGUGGCCAGAAGCUCGCGCCCAUGUUGCCCAAGCCACAGGCUAAAAGCUCUUCCGUGAUCUACAACUGUAAGACCUGCGAAGCCACGUUCCGGGUGAAGAGCCUGCUGACUGUGCAUGAGCGCAUGCACAAUUUGUCCGAAAACGGGCCCAAGGCCGUGAAGCGCUUGGCAAGCGCCAGUGCAACCGGGUCCAGCGGUUCGCAGAAUCGCUGCAAGUACUGUGACAAGAACUUCGCCCUGGAGCGCGCUCUGCACAUCCACCUGAUGGAGAAGUGCGACAAGAUACCGCCGGGCGAGAAGCGCAAGCUGAAGUACACCGAACUCAACCACGUGAAGAAGGCCCAGCUGCCGAAGAUAGCCGUUGUCAGUGCACCGGCAAAUCCACCAAAGCCCCAGCCGCGCAUGAGCACCGUCCAGACCAAGGCUCUCUCGAAUGGAGCCCAACUCAUGCCACCGCCGUCCGCGAGGAAGGUAUCCAAGAAUGUGGCCCAUCUCGGGGUUUAUCGCACUCCCACUAAGUCCGUUCCCUGUCACCUGUGCAAGCAGUCAUUCAAAAGUAUCCUCGAGUUCACCACCCACAGCCUGAAUGCGCAUGGAAAGGGCCCGAUGCAGAAGGUCGGUGAAGACGACGCACCGAGUGCCAUGGAUUAAAUCAAACGUUUCGAGUGUAGCCAUAGUCUAGGUCUUAGUUAAGUGUACUUUAAUCUCUUCCCCCAGUUUAAAUGCACUUUUAACAUAA